AUGGAUGGAGAUGGAUCCCCCACGUCAGCUUGUACGUCUAAGGGUUUCUGCUCCAGCAGUCUGUCUCAAAGUGGCUGGAGCGCAGCGUCGCGCAGGAACAAUGCGAGGAUUAUUACCCUAGAGCGAUCCCAGCCGCAGAAUAUGGAUUUUGAUGAACGGAUGUCUGGUUCCAGUAUGUAUCUACCGAGCUGCACUUAUUACGUCUCCGGAGCGGACUUCUCGGGUCUCCCACACUAUUUAACCCAGAACCAGUCCUCCUGCCCCGUCACGUACCCGUACCAGUCCUCAGCGCUGACACAGGUUCCGUCAGUGAGAGACGUGGCUUUCAGAGACUAUGGCAUUGACGCUUCCAGUAAAUGGCACCACAGCAGGGGGGGUCUCUCGCACUGCUACGCCGAGGACGUAGCGCACAGAGACGCCUGGGCGAGCCCGACCUCCAGGGGCGCGGAGCUCCUGGUGAAAGGCGGCCACUCCGGCUCUUCCAACCCGACCCCGGGCUUCUGCGGCAGCGUCGGCAGGAACGGCGUCCUGCCGCAGGCGUUCGACCAGUUCUUCGACACCGCGUACGGGAGCGCGGAAGGCGGCGCCGCGCCGCCCGCAGCGGACGCGGACAGAGGCGGCAAGACGAGCCCGGCUCAGGCGCACCCAGACUCUGACACGGCGGAGAGCUGCAGCCCGGGGUCGCCAUCCGGCCACAGCGAGAAGAAGCAGAGCAGGAGCGGCAGCAGCGGCCAGAGGACGCGCAAAAAGAGGUGCCCGUACACCAAGUACCAGAUCAGGGAGCUGGAGAGGGAGUUCUUCUUCAGCGUUUACAUCAACAAGGAGAAGCGCCUGCAGCUCUCCCGGAUGCUCAACCUGACGGACCGUCAGGUGAAAAUCUGGUUUCAGAACAGGAGGAUGAAGGAGAAGAAACUGAACAGAGACCGUUUACAGUACUACAGCACAAACCCUCUGCUCUGAAGGCGCAAACAAAGACUGCCGCCGAGCGCCUUCGCACCAAAUCAGGACAAAGGACUUUCUUGUAUUUUUAUU